AUGCCUUUCACUUCCUCCUCCAAGUCAUCUACAAAGACCAUGUCUAGCGCCGCAUCUACAACCUCCACAAUCUCAACAGCAUCGACCCUCAAGGGAGCCGAUGCCGCGUCAAAGAAGAAGUGGUCCUCCCUGCUACCCUCAAAAACCACAACCGAAUACAAGCCCAAGCCCGACCCCUAUCAGGCCCAGAAGGCUAUUCACCAUGAGGCUGUUGCAACCUAUCUGGCCCUGCGUUAA